GAAAAUUCCGUGAAAUGUUUUCUUCAAUUCCAGCAGCACAACACAGCAGAAAAACAUAGAAAAAGUAGAGAGAAAAGCGUUCGUGUAAAGACGAAAACAGCGUACAAAAAAGGUAGUGUUUUGUGUAGUGCGUGCGGUGACCUGAUCAUCCAUCGCCACCCGUGACGUGGCCUACUAAGCACGGGCACGGGAAUGCCCCGGACAAAUGUGGAUUGGUCCAGGUAUGGGCUCGGGGGCGAUGAUUCAUCACCCACGGAGCGGAAUCGCGCUAGUCGGUCCAGUGGCGGUGGCGGAGGCGGUUUUGUGGAUCUCGGCAAUGAGUACGAGUACGGUGCCGGCGGUCAUCAUGCUUCGGGUCGCGACGAAAUCUUCGCCGAAACUCAGGGCGACAGGCCGUGGUGGCGGAGCAACUUUUUUAUUUCCCAGCCAGCGCUGUUCGGCACUUGGGAUGGUGUGUUCACUUCCUGCCUGAUCAACAUUUUCGGCGUGAUCGUGUUUCUGCGAUCCGGCUGGAUUGUAGCCGAGGCCGGGAUCAUGCACGCCAUACUGAUCAUCUUCUGCGCCGUAGGAAUUGCGCUCGUAUCGGUACUGUCGGCGGUCGGGAUCUGUGAGCGGUGCCGGGUGGAGAGCGGUGGCGUGUAUUUCCUUAUCGCGCACACGCUCGGUUCCCGGUUCGGUGGUUCGCUCGGGCUGCUGUACUGCUUUGGCCAGGCCGUCGGCUGUGCCCUGAAUGUGCUGGGUUUCGGUGAAUCGAUUGCCGGGCUCGUUGGGCUCGAAGGAAACCAAUGGGCGAUCCGGGGGUUUGCCAUAGCCGCGGUCCUGCUGCUGGGCGUGAUCAACGUGGCCGGUGUCAAGUGGGUCGUGAAGCUCCAGUUUGCCCUGCUCAUCGUGAUCCUAAUGUCGGCACUGGACUUUAUGGUCGGUAGCUUUAUCGGUGAAGCGCCGGAGCACGGGUUCGAUGGUUGGGGUUCGGGCAAUAUGGCGCUCAACCUGUGGUCCUCCUACACGGAAGGCACUUCGUGGUUUACGGUGUUUGGUGUGUUCUUUCCCACCAUCACGGGCAUCCUGUCCGGUAUCAACAUGAGCGGUGAUCUGCGGGCACCAUCGACGGACAUUCCGAACGGUACGCUGGCUGCCCUUAGCACCUCCACUUUCCUGUACAUGGUGUUCAUACUGUUCCUCGGUGCGACGUGCCAGCGGACUCAUAUGCUCACCGAUUACCAGAUAGCGGUGAAGGUUUCGGCCGUUGAAUUCCUGCUACUGGCCGGCAUCUACGUGUCGAGCAUGUCGUCGUGUCUCGGGGCCAUGUACGGAACGCCACGUGUGCUGCAGAGUAUUGCCAACGAGAACGUCAUACCAGGCAUCGGUAAACUCGGCAAGGGACGCGGUCCGAACAAGGUGCCACUGUACGCGAUGGCCGUUGUGGCCGGCGUUACGACCACGUUCAUCAUCAUCGGAGAUAUCAACACGCUUGCUCCGAUUGUCACGAUGCCGUUCCUGCUGACGUACGCCUGCAUCGACUAUUCGUACUUUGCCCUCGCCCAAACUUUCGACAUUCAAAGUAAUCGUGAAGAACGGUUCCGGAUACAGGCCCAGAGCCCUCUGUACGAGACCAGAAAUUAUGGGGCCACGGGAAAUGAUUACCACGAGAAUAACGAUCUUGAUCAGCUGUUUCCUGAGCGUACACGGCAUAAGAACCUUGGGACCCCUACCAACUCACCGCAACAUGUGCCUUCCGAGCGUGACGCUCGCCCACGACCUACAACCUCAUCUGGUGGCGCUACCACUGCCGGAAUCGGCAACGGAAUUCCCCACAGCAGUUCAAUAACCAGCGGCGAUUCGGAAGUAAUUUUUCGCGAUGGUUCCACCGCUAACGGUACGGGGUCGUUGAAUGAAGCGGAUGACGAACCGAUUGCACCGAUUCGUCCACCGAUCCACUCGAAGACGAAAAACUGGUACUCGGGAUUCUGCAAUCGGUGGGCCUCGCUGGUUGGUGCUUGUAUUAAAAUUCUGGUCAUGCUGCUGGUGAAUUGGGUGUACGCGCUGUUCUGCAUCGGUACGGUGUUUGUCGUGUGGUUGUACGUCGGCACAGCGAAUCCUGCGGUAAAGCCUGGCCUGGCGCACGAGUUCCGCUUCUUCGUGUGGCUGAAAAAUGUAGUUUUCCGGUGUUUUGGAAAACGAGUGAACGACUACGAGCAGGUCGUAGUUACCCAGUCCUGCCCGAAUGUGAACCUCGCUUCGGCGCAGCUGAACGAAGAGAACGAAGACUUUGCAUCCAGGCGACGCUACCAUCAGACGGCGGUCGUGCAGGGACGGUAUGUGGACGAGGUGUGAAGAACCAAGCUGCCACUAGUUCUGCCCUCCCCCACCGGAAGAUAGAUGUUCAACGCCCGUAACCCGCCGCCAGGAACAAACGUGCGCCAAAGUGAAAGUCUGACUACUAGAAGUAGCAAAGCGGAGGAACAAAGACGAGAAGAAGUCAGUCAGCGUUUGGAGAGGGAGAGGGAGAGGGGAAGGAUGAUCGAAUCGUCGGAAUUCCAAAGCUAUAUCAGCAAUGCUUUUCCUCUUUACGAAAGUAUUCAAAACGGUUUAGAUAGGUAAGAAUGCUCGUGGAAGCUGCAUAAUGAUUCCUUUUUUUACUAUUUUCGUUCGCCCGGUUCACCGAACGGCCACUAACCGCCACCAACCACCAUGUGAACCAAGCAAUAUCGCGCGAGCAGCACACAUCAAAUGAUCGCAAGAAUUUAAUGAUAGACGAAAACGUAGUAACCAGCGGUCGUUAGUCUUUAUCGAAGUGGUUCGAGGGUCGAGGAGCAUGAGAGGAGGAAAAAGCAAAAACUUUAUCAAAAUCAGAAUCACGCAUAAUAACUAUUAGGAUAGGAAAAGUAAAGAAGAAAUGGGUGUAAAUAUGCGCAAACCCUGGUGCGUUACGUUAGGCGCUUCUUUUGUACUCAAGGUAUGGAACGCUAGCAGUUCGCAAACACGAUUACCUUUAUAUUCCAUCGAAACUUGUUUAGUGUUUAAAUGCGCUUAACACUUUCAACUUUUUUUUUUUAGUAGACCUUCUUAACAAACUAAACACGUACCAAGUGAUACUUACCGUGCUGAACGUUGAGAUUAUUACUGCGUUGCAGCAUAAACUAGCAGCUUGUUAUACUAAGUUUCCUUAACUGCCCAGCAAGGACCCGCUACCAUUCGUCUCCAGUGGCUAUAGGUUUUGCUUUACGUACGUGCAUCAUUGAACCCAACUCCCUCAAAACCACCUCUCGCUUAAAGAGAAAGAAAUUUUCCAACGAGGUGUGUUUCUGAUGGAACAAUAAGUGGGGGUACAAGAAGUAAAGUGAUUCCGUUCGUUUUUUUUACUGUUACGACGAUAAUGCAGUGCUCCGGGGGUGUACUAACUACAAAUGCUGUGUAAAAUAAAGUAAAAUCAUUGUAAUAACA